AUGGCAAAGCCAAGCAAAAAAUGCAAAACUUGCAAAAACAUUGGACAAAAGCAAAAGCAAUUUAAAAAAAAAGCAAAGCCAUGCAAAAAUUUAAAAAAAAAUGAAAAAAUUUCGCAAAGCAGGCAAAACUUUUGCAGGUUGGCAAAAAAGUUGCAAAAAUUGGCAAAAAUCACGAUUAGAAAAUUUAACAGUAAAAUUUAA